GUGAGCGACGCUGCGGCUCCCUGUCAGUCCUGAGGCUGCUAAGCGGCUCGCUCCUCUCGGGGCUGCCAUUUCAGAAGUACCGCACCAGAUCAAUUCAAGACAAUUCAAAUAUCAACCUAGGGCAGCUAUAAGAAAAUAUUAGAUUUCUGCUCAUACUGUGAUCUUUUGACAAUAUUCCCUAAAUUAAUCAUUGGUGUCCAGUCAAAAGACCAGUAGAGAUGCCGGCAAAAACUCCCAUCUAUCUUAAAACUUCCACUCCCAAGCGAGGUAAAAAGCCAAAACUUCGAGAUGUACUUUCAAGGGAGAUGAUCAGCCCUCCUCUGGGAGAUUUUAGGCACAGUGCUCACAUAGGGCUGGAUGGAGAAGGAGACAUGUUUGGGGAGCUGUCCUUUUUGCAGGGAAAGUAUGACCUGAUUCCAAACAUGGGUCAAAAGUUUACCAUUCUUAGUACUGACACCAGCCUCGAUGAAGAGUUUCAUAGUGAUGCCAUUUCUGCAAGUUACCGGCCAUUCCUGAAAAACGCAGUGUCUCUUCCCGCCUUCAGUGCUCCCAAUAGUAAAGACAGAGCCCCACCAAAGCCUCCUAGGUUACACUUGGAAGAGACUCCAGGUCUACGUUCUGUGUCCAUCAGCUAUGGUGAGAGAUGCUUUUCAAGAGAUGAGAAUGUUUCAUUUGCAUCUAUCCCUCUGGACCAAGAGAGCAGUAAUCUUGUGCCUUAUGACAGUUUAUCUGAGGGGUCAAUCAAUGAAGAUGGUGCCCAGAGCUUUUGUUCCACUUCUGACCGAAUGCAGGAAAACAAAGACAACCAACUCACCCAGGAACAAGGUAUUCCAAAAUCUGAGUCACUCUCUGGGCUUCAAUUAGACCUGGGACCUUCCAUCUUGGAGGAUGUUUUAAGGAUAAUGGAUGAUUAUAAACUUUAAGACUGCAAGGAAACGGAUUAUUAAAAACUCAUUGAUUAACGAAAACAAAGAUGUUGUAUAAAGAUACAUAAAUACUAUUUAUUUACUUGGA